AUGUGCGUUCUGAACAAACUGGCCCGAGAAAGUCUGAGCCCGAGGAAACAACUGCAAUUGGAAGAGAGGAAGCGGAGACAACGGUUGGUCCGCGACCAGAUCCGACAGGUGGUCACGGACCUCGAGGAUGUUCUGGCUGGCCUGAAACAAGUUCACCUUGAAAUGAAGGAGGUGGUCCAACAGAUUGAGCUGUUGACCUCUAACAUUGACCUCAGUGAGGAGGAGAUUACCAAUGGCUUUCCCAGCAACACCAUCUGCAGCAGCAGCUCCAGCGGGGUUGUGGUGUCCUGUCAAAAGAGGGUCAUCAACCCCGGCUCCAGCAAUCUUCAAAACGCUACCGUUCAUCCAAAGCUCCCCGUGCUCAACCCAUCCAUCACCGUAACAAAUCGAGCGGCGCUGCUUGCGCCGUGCAAGGCCUCUGCCAAACACAAGUCUGGCAUUCCCUUCGCUGAGCGCCUUCAACCUACAAGCUCACCCGGGAACCAGAAACCGGAGGCCCAAAGUGCAGGUGACGCUCCGGGACCAGCGCUUCCCAGGACUGCUUUGCAGGCUCGGAACCACGCGGUCGUCUGCAAACCCGGUGGACCCGAAACUGUGAAUCCAAGGGCUCUGCCUUACUCUCGCGGUGGACAGGCAGGGACAAACGGGAAGGCUCAAGACUCUGUGAGGACGCCUCAGUGCGCUGGGAAGCAUAGACUGCUCUCCACCACUGUGUGAACGGGCAGCGGUCGGUGGCAACGGACCACCGCAGAGGCCUCUCCUGCUGCUGGACCAGCCAGGGCCUCUUGGCUGCCCGGCGCCUCACCGUGAGUAUUGGAACCAAAGGCCUGCUGUGUUUCUUCUCCAUUAUAAUUGUUUUGCUGCUUAGCCCAGAUGUUUUUCUUGUUUUUUUUUUUUUUUUUUGUCCAGAGGGACUUGUUUUUACCCAUGUAACAGCCGAAUGUUUUUAUUAGAGCAAAUCAGGUAGAGUACCUUGCUCAAGGGUACUACAGCAGUGCCCAUCCUGGAAGCUGAACCUCCACCAUUCUGCUUACAAGUCCAUGUCCUUGACCACUACGUUACUUGCUGCCCCUGCUUGCCCUUUACCGCAGGGCGCAGCAGUUGUCGCUGUUAUUGUACGCGUUGUUCUCGUUCGCCUGGUGAUCUGGCAUCACGCCGACGCUCACGCAUCCGUGUUUACGUUUCCAGUUUGGAAGUGCGGACUCCGCAUAGGUGCCGCAGCUUCCUCCCCAGCAAUGCUAUGAAACGAUGUGAAACUUGACAGACGGUGGCUGAAGAUUAACAGCUUGCUCAAGUCGUCCAGUGGUGAUGCAUUCUGGAUUUCCACUACCUCGCUCCAGACCCACUCCAGACUCAAGGGCAGCUUGUGUCCACUCUGUUGAGAUAUCGGGCCAUCAUAUGACCAGUAGAUCAGGCGUGUCCUGUUCUGCUCAUAAGCAAACUAUACAGUGUAUGUAUAUAUUACAGCAACAUUUAUGUGAUGGAGUUAUUGUAUCAGGAAAGUUACAACAAAUCGCUAAAACUCAAUAGUCCCACCGCAGCUUCUCGUCUGUCCGGGGAGGGGGGAUAAAGAGAAGAACACAAUAGAACAGUUGUGUUCCAGUACAUGCAUAUGUGGCCAAUUAUGUUUCCCAAAUGAACAAAGGGAGGUAAAUACGGGUAAAUUUAGUCAGCAGACAUGUGCGGGAUCAUGACUGAAUGACAGUACUGAAUAUAAGUGUGUAUAAUAAUUUUUUUCAGUGACACUUUAAAACGG